AGAAGAAGCAGGCUGUCCGGCUCUACUUUCCGCCGGCAUCGUCUGCGCCAGUCGUGACGCUGAUGUCCGACGCCUCACCGUCAUUUUAACAUUUUAUCACUAAACAGCGAGCUCUUUUCAUUCUCAUCCGAACGGCCUGCUGCUUCGCCAAGGUGUCCGAUGAAACGUUGCCUUUGUCAACUUACCCGACGCCCGCUGUGCUGAGAAAAUGACAUUUUAGGGCAUUUCGUUAGCUAACUGCGGUUAAUUGAUUAGUCAUCGCGGCGUUAGCUAGCGUCUAGUAAGAAAUAUUUUUUCCUCUUAAAAAUCAGACAAAAGCCUUUUUUCUGUCCCCUCUGCCUGCCUUAAAGCUGCUUGUUCUGGUUGAAUCCAGCUUAAAAUCAAUUCAUCCUCUGAGGAAACCUGAGUGACUGCGCUGAGAUGGGGUACGGACGGUCAGACAGCUACCGCGUGGCCACCACGCAGGACAAGGAUGACAAGGAUUCACCUAAGAAGAAAGGAGGAAAAGAUCUUGAUGACCUCAAGAGAGAAGUUCCCAUAACGGAACACAAAAUGUCUGUUGAAGAAGUUUGCCGGAAAUACAACACUGAUAUUGUACAGGGUUUGACCAAUGCCAGGGCAGCAGAGUACCUAGCCAGGGAUGGACCCAAUGCCCUGACUCCUCCCCCCACAACCCCAGAGUGGGUCAAGUUCUGCCGCCAGCUGUUUGGUGGCUUCUCCAUCUUGCUGUGGAUUGGUGCCAUCCUCUGUUUCCUGGCAUAUGCCAUCCAGGCAGCCACGGAGGAUGAUCCAGCUGGGGAUAAUUUAUAUCUAGGUAUUGUGCUGUCAGCUGUCGUCAUCAUCACCGGCUGCUUCUCAUACUUCCAGGAAGCUAAAAGUUCAAAAAUCAUGGAGUCCUUUAAGAACAUGGUCCCUCAGCAAGCUCUAGUGAUCCGUGAGGGAGAAAAGAUGCAGAUUAAUGCUGAGCAGGUGGUUGCCGGAGAUCUGGUGGAGGUGAAAGGAGGAGACAGGAUUCCUGCUGACCUCCGUAUCAUCUCCUCCCACGGCUGUAAGGUGGAUAACUCUUCACUGACUGGUGAAUCAGAGCCACAGACCAGAUCACCUGACUGCACUCAUGAGAACCCUCUGGAAACCCGCAACAUUGCCUUCUUCUCCACCAAUUGUGUCGAAGGAACAGCACGUGGGAUUGUUGUAUGUACGGGUGAUCGUACAGUGAUGGGACGCAUCGCUACCCUCACCUCAGGCCUGGAGACUGGCAAGACGCCCAUUGCUAAGGAGAUUGAACACUUCAUCCACAUCAUCACGGGUGUGGCCGUCUUUCUGGGUGUGACCUUCUUCAUCCUGUCACUCAUUUUGGGUUACACCUGGCUGGAGGCUGUGAUCUUCCUCAUCGGCAUCAUUGUGGCAAAUGUGCCAGAAGGGCUGCUGGCCACAGUCACGGUGUGUCUUACUCUGACCGCUAAGCGAAUGGCUCGUAAAAACUGCCUGGUAAAGAACUUGGAAGCUGUGGAGACACUGGGCUCCACCUCCACCAUCUGUUCUGACAAAACAGGCACACUGACUCAGAACAGGAUGACCGUGGCCCACAUGUGGUUCGACAACCAGAUCCACGAGGCCGACACCACCGAGGACCAGUCUGGCUCCUCUUUUGACAAGAGCUCCAGUACAUGGGUGGCUUUGGCCCGCAUCGCUGCCCUGUGCAACCGUGCUGUGUUCAAGGCCGGCCAGGAAUCUCUGCCCAUCCUGAAGCGCGAGGUCGCAGGCGAUGCCUCAGAGUCUGCCCUUUUGAAGUGUAUCGAGCUAUCCUGUGGAUCUGUCAAGACCGUGAGGGACAAGAAUAAGAAGGUGGCUGAGAUCCCCUUCAACUCUACCAACAAGUAUCAGCUUUCAAUUCAUGAAACUGAGGAUGAAAAUGACAAUCGUUACCUGCUAGUGAUGAAGGGAGCUCCAGAGAGGAUCCUGGACCGCUGCUCCACCAUCAUGCUGCAGGGCAAAGAGCAGCCCAUGGACGAUGAGAUGAAGGAGGCCUUUCAGAAUGCCUACCUGGAACUGGGAGGACUGGGAGAGAGAGUACUGGGUUUCUGCCACCUUUUCCUGCCAGAGGACAAGUACCCCAAAGGCUUUGCCUUUGACACAGAUGACGUGAACUUUCAGACUGACAACCUUUGUUUCGUGGGUCUCAUGUCUAUGAUUGACCCGCCCCGUGCUGCCGUGCCCGACGCUGUGGGCAAGUGCCGCUCUGCUGGCAUUAAGGUUAUCAUGGUGACAGGCGACCAUCCAAUCACAGCCAAAGCCAUUGCCAAGGGUGUAGGUAUCAUUUCCGAGGGCAAUGAGACUGUUGAAGACAUCGCCGCACGUCUCAACAUCCCUGUCAGCCAAGUCAACCCCAGAGAUGCCAAGGCCUGCGUGAUCCAUGGGACAGAUCUGAAGGACCUCACUCAGGACCAGAUGGAUGAUAUUUUAAAGAACCACACAGAAAUAGUAUUUGCUAGAACCUCUCCACAGCAGAAGCUCAUCAUUGUAGAGGGCUGCCAGAGACAGGGUGCCAUUGUUGCUGUGACUGGUGAUGGUGUGAAUGACUCACCUGCCCUCAAGAAGGCUGACAUUGGUGUAGCCAUGGGAAUCUCUGGCUCUGAUGUGUCCAAACAAGCUGCUGAUAUGAUCCUGUUGGACGACAACUUUGCCUCCAUCGUCACUGGUGUUGAAGAAGGCCGUCUAAUCUUUGACAAUCUGAAGAAGUCCAUUGCCUACACACUGACCAGCAACAUUCCAGAAAUCACUCCGUUCCUCUUCUUCAUCUUGGUCAACAUUCCACUGCCUCUGGGCACCAUCACCAUCCUGUGCAUCGACCUUGGAACUGACAUGGUACCGGCCAUCUCUCUGGCCUAUGAGGCAGCAGAGAGUGAUAUCAUGAAGCGUCAGCCCAGGAACCCACUGAGAGACAAACUGGUCAAUGAGAGACUCAUUAGCAUCGCCUAUGGACAAAUUGGUAUGAUCCAAGCACUUGGUGGAUUCUUUGCUUAUUUUGUCAUCAUGGCGGAAAAUGGCUUCCUGCCAUCUCACCUGGUUGGCAUUCGGCUCAACUGGGACGAUCGUUCCACCAAUGACCUGGAGGACAGCUACGGGCAGCAAUGGACCUAUGAGCAGCGUAAGAUCGUGGAAUUUACUUGCCACACAGCCUUCUUCGUCAGUAUUGUUGUGGUGCAGUGGGCAGACGUCAUCAUCUGCAAGACCAGACGCAACUCUGUGUUCCAGCAGGGCAUGAAGAAUAAGAUUUUGAUCUUUGGUCUUUUUGAGGAAACUGCUCUGGCUGCUUUCCUCUCUUACUGCCCCGGCAUGGAUGUGGCACUACGGAUGUACCCACUCAAGCCCAGUUGGUGGUUCUGUGCGUUUCCGUACAGCUUCCUCAUUUUUGUUUACGAUGAGAUCCGAAAACUCAUACUUCGCCGAAACCCCGGAGGCUGGGUGGAAAAAGAGACAUACUAUUAAACUAUCAAAGUAUCAUUUACUUCUCACCCUGUCCUCCCCUGAAAUCACACCCUCUUCUUCUUCUCUCUCCUCUUUCUCUCAUCAUCCAUCCAUCCAUCCAUCCAUCCAUCUCUUACAAUCUCCAAACUGUGCAACACAUUUGUUUACUCAUUUAACUUUCAACUUCCUCUUUCUCCUUCAACUUCCCAUUUUUAUCUUUCAACAAAAUGUCAAAUAAACGCCAAGAUGAUGAGAGGACCAACGACAAGUAGAGGAGGGGCGGUGGCUUCCUCAAGCAUCCCUGUCCUCUCCGUCCUUCUGUCCCCGUUCUGUUU